AUGGUGCCUGAAGAUGUGUAUCAGAGCAAGAAGUCAGAGUUAUUGUAUCUUCAGAAGGUAACCGGGCUAACGGAUACAUUGAAAGCUCAACUAGAUGAGCUAUCAAAGCAGGUGCACCAAAUGCAUGAUAACGCGGAAUGCGUGUCCAGUGUGCUCAAGAACUGGGACUCAAUUCUGAACUCCAUCUCGCAGGCGACAUUAUCUCUGCUGCAGUACACAGAAAACGACUACGAGGUUGGAGCGUGGAGCAACGGUAGCAGGCCGGAAGCCGAUAAAGAACCGCCGCUUCCGGAGACGCUCGUCAGGGUUAAUGUGGCCAACGAGUCGCAGGAGUGA